AUGCUGGCGAAGAGGAGCAUCAUCGAGCAUGAUGUCCUCGAGCAGAUGUACGUCGUCGAGCAGGAUGUCCACGAUGCCGUAGGAGAUGAAGGGGAGGGCGUACCCCAUGCAGCCAGGCCGUCGGCGACUGCUCCUCCCGCUACUCCUCACAGCACCAUCUUCAAAUUCAGAACCGCCGCCUCCACUCCUCACCAUCUUCAGAUGUGCUCUUGCUCCUCCCACUCAUCCUCAUCGCGGGGACGUCCAGACACUUCAGAUCCAGCCAUGGGUACAACUCUCCAGCUGCUCCUCGCCUCCGCUUUGGUAACAAAAACAAUCUUGUGGCGACUUCGCUGGUGUAGGCGACGCGGGUGA